GCUUAAUAUAACCUUAAGCCGUUCUACUUAAGACCUACCUUCAACUGUCCAGUGUCACUGUUCUAUUGCAUCGUUAACCCUUCAACACGCAAGUCGUAAUAAGCUCUCUGCAAACUAUUAACCGGGAUCGCCUGCAAUGAAGUUCUUUUCUCAGUCCUUCUUGUACGACGAUCCCUGGUCCAUUGUUUCGUUUGCGUUCUUUCUACGCUAUCCGAACCCUUUUGCAUCCCAUGUUGCUUCAGUGGAUGUCAUCUCCCGAAGCUUCAGCCCUACAGGCUCGCUGCUGACAACUCGGCUUAUACUGAAGAGGGGUUCACUUCCCAGGUGGGCUCCAAGGGGUAUCAUCGCCAAGGCCGAGAGUUGGAUCGUUGAGGAAAGCGAAGUGGACCCAGAGGGGAGGGUCGUACGCUGCACAACCAAGAAUCUUGACCAUGUCAAGAUUAUGCGUGUAGAGGAGCAUAUAACUCUUCGCCAGACAGAUGACAAUCGUACAUUGCAAACCACCGAAGCUAAGUUUAUCUCCGGUUUCGGUUGGGGUCUGACAAAGCGAAUUGAGAACCAUGGUCUUGCACGCUUCAAAAGUCACGUUCAACGAUCUCGCGAGGGCCUCGCGGUUAUUCUCAGCCUCAUUCGCCAGUCACGCAUGCAGCCCAUGACUCUGGGACCCGCACCCCUGGUUACUUCCCGCCAGUCGUUCACGGGCUCUGAGGAUGUGCGAAAUGACCGCGAGGAAACUCGUCAACCAAAAGAUGACCAGGCUCCAGACUCACCUAGCUCGGCAGAAAGACCCUGGUCAAAAAUAGCUUCAUGGCUGCGGCCAAGAUGAAAGUAAAUACUAAUGUUAACUAUCAAGUACGAUAUUCCACGCGGUCCUCGUUCGUAGUUCGUGUUAUCUUUCUUUGGGUCGAUUUUGCUGUUACUGUUCUCUCCUUGCACCGAUAUCCUGUACUUGUAUGGACUGUAUCUCUAGGUUACAAUAAUCUAUCUCAGCAUGCUCACCGCUC